GCCAAGGCAUAUUCCUGGCGAGUGACACUAUAUCUGCUAGCCAGUGGUGGCUGGACUAUAAAAUCCCUUUGUCUCAACACCCGGUUGUUCUGCCUCCUGUCCGUGACCAUCAGUCAGACAGAGCCCAGGUUUCAUCUGAAAUCCCUGAUUGAAUUUCUUUUUAGCAGUUCAGCAAGACGGCAAAAUGGGCGAGUAAAUACGAAGGCCCGGAAAUCCAAAAAUGGAAAUCAAACCUAAGUCAAAAAUUUCAGCAUCUCGAAAACUUUCUCUGAAGAUAAUGCUUCUUAACAAAGCAAUGGAGGAUUUGGAGAAAGAGCAACAGGACAGAGAAGAAGAGAAAAAUCGCUACCUCAAUGAAAAACACCCUGCCUUGCAGCUUUCUGGACUCUCUCUGGGGGACUUACAGAAUCUAUGUAAGCAGCUCUAUGCCAAAAUUGAUGUAGUAGAUGAAGAGAGGUUCGACUAUGAGGAUAAAGUCAACAAGCACAACAAAGAUAUCAAUGAGCUUAAGUUGAAAGUUCAGGAUCUAGGCGGGAAGUUCAAAAAACCCGCCCUGAGGAAGGUGCGUGUGUCUGCUGAUGAGAUGAUGAGGGCCCUGCUGGGUUCCAAACAUAAAAGCUCCAUGGACCUCCGUGCAAAUCUGAAGUCAGUCAAGAAGGAGGAUAUCAAACAAGAAAAGGUCUCGACCUCUGAGGUAAGUGACUGGCGUAAGAAUGUGGAAGCCAUGUCUGGCAUGGAAGGGAGAAAGAAGAUGUUUGAUGCCAGUGGCCAGUGAGCCCCUUCAUGGAACCAACCUAGCCUUCUGGAUGGUCUUGACAGAGAAGAUAUAAAAUGGAGGGAAUCAGACUUCAGUGUUUUCUUAGCUGCUGACUUUCCUAGCCAACUCAUAGCUGACCCAAAAUUUUAAUCAUGCAAUUGUUUACUCACCCUUUUGUUGAUUCAAAACUGAAUUAGUUUCUUAUUUCUGUGCAACACAAAAGUAUAGAAAAAUGCUGACACUGCUCUUAUUCUUGUCCAUACAACAAAAGUAAAUAAGGGGCUGACAAGAUCUAAAAAGCACCAUAAAAGUAUUCCAAACAUCCCAGGAUCUAUAUUUCAUGUUUUCUGAAGCUAUGGAUUGCUCUUAUGAUACUUUCAUGGUGUUGCUGUCUUUUCUUUAAUAUAUAUAUAUAUAUAUAUAU